AGUUCUAGAGAUAGCGCCUCCCUCUUUUUCCCCUUUCCUCCAAAUAAAUUUGAAAAUAUAUAAAGGCUUCUUCAUCUUCAGCUGUCUUGAGCAAAUAAUAUUCGGCGGCUGAGCAUUUUUUCUGAAUUCAAAUUCCCAUUUUUGAUUGAUAUCUUCCUUCUAAUAAUGGAGACAACAACAGAAAUUAAGGCAGGAGGAGGAGGAGCAGAGCAGCCGCAAAUUGUGGAUGUCAGGUCAGUGGUAGAAGCCGUCUCCGCCGCCGCCGACGACGAUGAUGCUCACGAGGCACCUCUUUAUGAGGUCGAAAGCCUCUGCAUGCGCUGCGAAGAAAAUGGCGUAACAAGAUUGUUAUUGACUGCAAUUCCACAUUUUAGAAAGAUAUUAUUGGCAGCAUUUGAAUGUCCACAUUGUGGAGAGAGGAACAAUGAAGUGCAGUUUGCUGGUGAACUUCAACCUCGAGGGUGUCAUUAUUGCCUGAAAAUUCAUCAGGUGAUCGCCAGGUUGUUGUCAAUUAAAAUGCUGAAUCGUCAAGUGGUUAAAUCCGAGUCGGCCACUAUCAAGAUCCCUGAACUAGAUUUCGAGAUCCCUCCUGAGGCUCAGCGUGGCUCUUUGUCCACGGUUGAAGGGGUGUUGAUACGAGCUGCUGAUGAGCUGGAGGCUCUUCAAGAAGAAAGAAGGAAAGUAAAUUCUCAAACUGCUGAUGCAAUAGAUGAGUUCUUAAUAAAACUGAGAGCAUGUGCAGCAGCAAAUUCAUCCUUCACCUUCAUUCUUGAUGAUCCUUCCGGUAACAGCUUCAUUGAGAAUCCGUUUGCUCCCUCUCUGGAUCCAUCAUUGACUAUUAAGUUCUAUGCAAGAACUCCUGAGCAACAAGCGUCUCUAGGGUACCUUGUUGACCCAUCACCAUCAGGAGAAGCUGGGGAUAGCACAUUAAAUACACAGAAUGGUCCCGAUCAAAUCCAAAGUGAACCACAUGGAUCAGUUGGUGCAAGAGCUGGUCGUCGAGCAAUUGCUCAAGGUAACAGCACGGAAAUUGCUGAAGCAUUGUUUCGGUAUUCUGCACCUGAAGAGGUGAUGACUUUCCCAUUAACCUGUGGAGCUUGUGCUGCCAUGUGUGAGUGUCGAAUGUUCGUUACCAAUAUUCCAUACUUCCAAGAAGUAAUAGUGAUGGCAUCCUCCUGUGAUUCUUGUGGUUACCGCAACUCAGAGCUGAAACCUGGUGGAAGGAUUCCUCCUAAAGGAAAGAAAAUUACCGUUCAUGUUGAGAAUCUAAAGGAUCUUAGUCGAGAUGUGAUAAAGUCAGAUACUGCUGGUGUGAAAAUUCCAGAGCUUGACUUGGAGCUGACGAGUGGCACCUUGGGUGGGGUUGUGACCACUAUUGAAGGUUUGAUUACAAAAAUUAGUGAAAAUCUUGAGAGAGUGCAUGGAUUCACUUUUGGAGAUAGUCUUGAUGACACAAGAAGCAAAUGGCAGGAGUUCACGACAAGGCUUAACAAGCUUUUGAGCUUGGAAGAGCCUUGGACAUUGAUUAUUGACGAUGCUCUAGCAAAUUCCUUCAUUGCACCUGCAACUGACGAUAUUAAGGACGAUCAUCAAUUAUCAUUCGAGGAAUAUGAAAGAUCGUGGGAGCAGAAUGAGGAGUUGGGACUCAAUGAUAUGGACACUUCUUCAGCUGAUGUAGCUUACAAUGCAGCGGAUGCCGGACCCAAUGUGAAACAGAAGUCUGAUAUGAAAAAAAGGCUUAACGGACAGAAAAGGCAUUGGAGUUAUGGAAACGAGGAAAUUUCUUGCAUCAUUUUGCUGCUCUUUCUUCUUACCAUUUCUAACGAUGUCAUGGGAGCUGAAGCUGCAGCAUGCUCUAAACCGUCAAAGUAUUUUGACGGCCCUUGUUUGUUUAGAGGAGAUUGUCGGUUUUCCUGUUCAGAAGAAAAUUAUGCUGAUGGCAAAUGUAGCAAGCCUUUUGGCAAAUGCAUUUGCUAUAAGCCUUGUUAUGCAUGAACUAAAGCACAUCUCGCUGGACCAUAGUAACAAUAAUUAUGCUUGUGAUGGGUUUCCUUAUGUGGAAUUAAAACUGUGGUAUAACUAACAUUGCGAGCAGCUCGUGGUAAUAUAAGAUAGCAUGUUACCUAUUAUAGCAAUGGUGAGCUUUUUAGUAUGAAUGAAUUAUGAAUGUGUACUUAUGAAUGAUUGAACGUUACCUAUUAUAGCAAUGCUAUAACUAACAUUGCGAA